AAGCGCCCGCCAUGAUGAGCGUCGUCCAGUUGCCCGGCAACGAAUCGUCCAAUCAGGAAGCGCACCGCCUCCUUUAAAAAAAGGCCCCUCCUCCUAGCGCGCGUCAACGCAAGAUGGCGGCCGUCGGAGAUAGCGACGCGUACCUCGGUUUCGACUUCAGCACUCAGCAGUUAAAGGUGGUCGCCAUCGAUCGCGACCUGAACGUCAUCCAUCAGAGCCAAGUGCACUUUGACUCUCAGCUGCCGGAGUUCGGGACGGAGGGGGGCGUCCACGUGGGUGCGGACGGCCUGACGGUGACGUCGCCCGCCCUGAUGUGGGUCAAGGCUCUGGACCUCCUUUUGGAGCAGAUGCAGGAAGCGGGCUUCGACUUCUCCCGGGUGCGGGCGCUGUCGGGCAGCGGUCAGCAACACGGCAGCGUGUACUGGAAGAACGGAGCCGCCGCCGUCCUCCGGGGGCUCCGCCACCAGCACGGCCUCGGCCGCCAGCUCAAGGACUGUUUCUCGGUGCGCGACUGUCCCGUGUGGAUGGACUCGAGCAGCGGGCUGCAGUGUGAGCGCCUGCAGCAGGCGGCGGGGGGCGCCGGCAAGCUGGCAGACAUCACGGGCUCCAGGGCCUACGAGCGCUUCACAGGAAGUCAGAUUGCCAAGAUGCGUGAGGGACGGCCGCGAGAGUUCCAGGACACCGAGAGGAUCUCUUUGGUCAGCAGCUUUGCGGCGUCGCUCUUCCUUGGCGGCUACGCCGCCAUCGACUACAGCGAUGGUUCCGGGAUGAACCUUCUGGACAUCCGCAGCAAAACGUGGAACGAGGCCUUGCUGGAGGCCGUGUGUCCCGGUCUGGACGUCCUGCUGGGAACGCCGCUGCCCUCUGCCUCCGUGCUGGGUGCCGUGUCGUCCUACUGGGUGCGCAGGUUCAGCUUCUCGGACGCGUGCAAGGUGGUGGCCUUCACCGGAGACAACCCAGCGUCUUUGGCGGGGAUGAGGCUCCGGCAGGGAGACCUGGCCGUGAGUCUGGGUACCAGCGACACGGUGUUCGUGUGGCUGCCGCACGCCCGUCCGGCUCUCGAGGGCCACGUGUUCGUCAAUCCCGUCGACUGGCGACAGUUCAUGGCUCUCUUGUGCUUCAAGAACGGCUCUUUGACCCGAGAACGACUGAGGAACCGUUGCGCCGACGCUUCGUGGGAACGCUUCUCUGCCGCUUUGAGACAAACGCCGCUUGGAAACGACGGAUACAUUGGUAUUGCUCGCCCGCUUUCCUUUCCUUGCCUUGCCUUCCCUCCUUCUGACUUCCUGUUUGCAGGCUUUUAUUUUGACGUGAUGGAGAUCACGCCUCCUGCGGUAGGAGUUCAUCUCUUUGAUGCGGAUGACAACGAGGUGUCAUCGGUGAGCGCUCAGGUGGAGGUGCGGGCCCUGGUGGAGGGUCAGUUCCUUUCAAGGCGGCUCCACGCUGAGCGUCUGGGCUACUCCAUCAUUCCAGGAACUCGAAUUUUGGCAACGGGCGGAGCGUCGCGGAACAAAGACAUCCUGCAGGUGUUGAGCGACGUGUUUAACGCGCCAGUUUACGCCGCGGACGUGUCCGACUCGGCUUGCCUCGGCUCCGCCUACAGAGCGCUGCACGGUGCGCUUCAGCAAUCGGGCGUGUCCUUCUUUGACAUCUUGAAGAAAGCUCCCGAAGCGCAACUUGCCGCCACGCCGCAGCCUCACGCGCACCAGGUGUACCGUGAGAUGCUGCGGCGUUACGGCCGGCUGGAGGAGAAAAUCCUGCAGGAGCUCCGCCCCUAAACGCCUCAAAUCGAUGUGACGGGCCAACGUGAGCCUCGACCCAAGGCGAUGUUCAACGAGAAGGAGCCGCGCGCCACACGUUCAAACACACGCCCACCGGGCACUGCGAGGCGGAUGUGCCGGCAAGCCCGUCGCUGCGCCGCCUUCAUAAUAAAGCUUCAAAAAUCAAACG